UAGGUGAUGAGAUUGUUCAAAUAUUCUAUAACAACUCAAUCAUAUCAUACAAUACAACUUUAGGUCUUUCUUCUUUCUUUCUAUAUAUACUCUCUAAGCUUUUGGAACCUUAUUACACUAAUACUUGUGACAUUUUCAUUUUCAAAAUGGCUUUAUUUAAGUCACUUCCUCUUCUAGUUCUACUAGUUGGAAUGUUAUUGGUUGUUGAUGAAUCUGAAAGCCGGGUUGCAAGGAAGGAUCUGGGUCUGGAUCUAGGCGGUGUUGGAGUUGGGAUCGGAGCAGGUAUCGGGUUAGGCUUGGGUGGAGGAAGCGGUUCAGGAGCGGGUGCUGGAUCCGGGUCUGGGUCGGGUUCCGGUUCAAACUCCUAUUCGUCAUCUGGGUCUAGUUCAAGCUCAUCAGGUGGUGGGGAUGCAGGCUCUGAAGCGGGCUCAUAUGCUGGGUCAUAUGCUGGGUCAAGAUCCGGGUCGGGUUCGGGCUCUGAGGCUGGCUCUAGAGCUGGGUCGCAUGCUGGGUCUAGGGCCGGGCCUGGAUCGGGUAGAAGCGAAGGACACGGGUCGGCUCAAGGGAGUGGUCGUGGUUCUGUUGGAGGUGGUGGUGGUCAAGGUUCUGGUCGCGGUGGUGGCUCUGGAACCGGUGAUGCCUCCGGCGAAGGAGGUGGCUAUGGUGAGGGUUAUGGUGGAGGAGGCAGUGAUUGAAUUUUGAUAUCUAGAAAAUGCCAAGAUAUAUAUGUAUGCUUGAUGAAUUAAUAAAGCUAGAAAUAAUUUAGAAUAAAAUGUCACAUUUUCUGUUAUAAUAGUCAUGUAUUAUAUAUGAUUAAUGUUCUAUUUUGUGUGGCAUAAAUUAAUAAUUAAUAAAUUAGUGUAUAUUGAGAAACAUUUACUAUAGUCAUGCAGUUAUUUGAAA